UUCGUCCCUCACUGUUUGUUAAUAAGUGCCGCUGUACUGCCGCCGGUAGAGGUUUGGGGAAGUGGUGCGUGUGGAAGAUGGCGCUGGCUGAGGCGAGUUCUCGGUACCUGGAGGGAGCAACUGCUGCUGCUGCCGCCGCCGAGCGCUUGGAUCCGCUUUCUCCCUUCACCUGCCCCGUGUGCCUGGAGGUGUUUGAGAGCCCCGUGCGAGCGCCCUGUGGUCAUGUCUUUUGCACGCCGUGCAUUCAGGAGUGUCUUAAGCCAAAAAAGCCAGUUUGUGGAGUUUGCCGCAGUACCCUGUCUCAUGGCAGCAGAGCUUACGACUUGGAAAAGCAAAUUGAAAUGACAGAAACUACUUGCAGUGGCUGCAAUAAAAAAAUGUACCUCUCAAAGCUGCGUAAUCAUGCAGCUUCUUGUUUGAAGUACCAGAAUUACAUUAUGGAAGGUGUUAGAGCUGUGACUAAAGAUCCACCACAGGAUACCAGGAAUGUUCCAAAUAGGUUCACAUUUCCUUGCCCUUACUGUCAUGAGAGAAAUCUGGAUCAGGAAGGGCUGGUAGAACACUGCAGAAAGUAUCACAGCAUGGAUGCAAAGCGAGUGGUUUGCCCAAUUUGUGCAUCAAUGCCAUGGGGUGAUCCAAAUUACAGAAGUGCUAACUUCAUGGAACAUCUUCAGCGGCGACAUCAGUUUUCGUAUGAUACUUUUGUGGAUUAUGAUGCUGAUGAAGAUGAUAUGAUGGCCCAAGUUCUGUUGCGUUCCUUGAGGGAUCAAUGAACAAAGCAAGGAAUAAAACUCUUCAAUACUUAGCUUCCAUUAGGGGAAAUACACCACACACACUCUUUGCCUCAAAAUUCUUUGGUUCAGACUGAGAGUGAAGAGCCUUUCUCAAUUCUGGUCCCUGCUAUCUCCAUGCCUGUACUAGGCUUCUUCUCGUGGUCCUGCCCUUGCUGUUCAGCCACUCAAGGGUAUCUCUGCUCUUUGCAGUUAAUCAUAGGAUAUUCCUCCCUGCUUCAUUUUUCUUUUACUUCGACUACAAACAGUACAUCAUCAGGAACUUUGCAAUAAUUUUAGCCUGUGAGCAUCCUCUUAAAAUUAUUAUGCUCUUUAACAUGGAUUGGGCAUUGGAAGACCAGGUUUCCUAGAUAAUAUAGAAGCCUUCGUUUAUUAGGUUCAGAUGUGGGAACCAUUUUUUGGUUUCUCUAGAAAAAAUGGUGGAUUGACUCCAAAUCGCCAUUAUAGAAGUUGGUGCCAGCCUUUUAACAGCACAACUCCCAGUUGUGAGUAAUUCUCUGAUUUCACAGUGUGCUCUUGUGUGUGUUCAAAUAUUGUACAGUACCUGCAUCUGUGAAUUUAGAGGAAAUUGGUUAUGGUUCUUUAAUUUGUUUAUCUUUGUUUUUCCUCUUUUUGACAUCUGUACACAGUUCAGAUACAAAGUAUGAUGGUUUUUGUGUGGCAGUUGAGAAGGCAGAAGAAUUUGAAGAUUUCACUUCUAGCUUCUAACACUUCUCAUACCAAGCAUUUUUCUAUCUCCACCUAGAAUUCAGAACAAUUUGAUAGCAAACGGAGUAAACCUUAGAAUCUGGUUUCUUGGAUAUAACAAAUCUUGGAAAAUUGUGCUUUGUAUAAAACUACACUUCUGUAUCCAAAACAAA